AUGGAGGUCUGGGAACACGGAGAGGCCCUGUUCGGUUUCCCGGCGGGAGAUCCAGGUAUCCUACGAACUCCUCGAAACAGUCUACUCAUCCCGAAGCCACUGGACCUUGCCCUCGAACUCGGCUUCAUCGCGAUCGUCCCUGAUGAGGACAUUGCUGACCCCUCGCGUGAGGAAUACAAGGUCGUUGUGCUCAUCAAUGUCUCGGACAACGAUCCAACAUUUGCCUGGACUGACGAGCACGACAGAGACCAGCCGUUCAGCAGGCUGCACAACCGUCGGUUGACAUUUUUGAAUAACCGCCGCCCCCAAAAGGCUUACCUGUGGUGGCUGUACCUGCGUGCCGUGUCCAUCAGGGCGAGAUACCCUCUGAGCUUCCACCGGACGGCGUGCGUCGACUGGCCAUCAGCGGGAAAUUUCAUGCCACGAGAAAUGCUCAGGGGCUUUCUGAGAAUGCUCGAGCUGGAAGGUUUCGGUUCAAAUAAUGGCUGGUGGAUCAUGAAUAAAGCCAUCGAAGCAUUGGAGGAGAACGAAGACAGUGUGGUAGUCGAUUUUCUCGGUUUCGAGGUCAUGGAUCGCACGAUGCCCGAAUUUGAGCGCCUCGAGAAAAUCCACGACACUAUCGAAGAAGCCAGGACUCAGACCGAUCCAAUUGCUCGUUUAGCUAGAUCACUUCCUGCCGGUUACAAGAUCAAGAAGGUGACUCCAGGGACCACGGGAGAGGUGAUCGUGGGAUCGGGAAACGAAGACUUGCGGGGGAAGACGGCGACGCCCGCUUUGUCGGAAAAGCCACCGAAAUCUUCCAGGACGCAGUCAGUGGAUUUACAAUCGCCGGCGAAGCGCCAAGCUCUGAACCGUGCUCUGAAGACCGAAGAUGACAGCGACCCCCUGGAUAUCUCAGUAAAUCAAGCAGCGGUCCAACUCUGGGCACUGAGCCAAGCGCCCCAACCGGCAGCUAGAGCCCUGUUCCAGAUUGAUGAGUUUGGCCCGGAAGCUACCUUCCCAUACGAUGGCGUCCAAGACAGUAAUAUUGAGGAAAACAGGAUUCAGGAUUCUAACCAGGACCAUAUUAUCAAUAAUAUCAUCGAGCAGGAGAGCAGCACCCAAGAUGAUGACAGUAGUAGAUGGGUGGACCUGACGCCUGUCAACACAAGGGAUUUUGUUGAUCCCAGAGUGAAAGCCUGGGCCGAUGACAGAGUGGCCGCUUAUGAACAGACGGCAAUCAAGGAGGAAGAGGAAGGCGAAGAAGGAGAUGAGGGACCCCUCCGUAUUGUGGACCCAGACGAACACUUCGUUGGGGUUGAAUCCAGCACGGAAUCUUCAACCCAAGGCAGUUUGAAUUCUGAGGAAGCUUUGCUUGCAUCAAUACUCAAGUAG